AUGGUCAAGUUCUCAAUAUUUCUGACAAGCAAUCCAAAUUCCACGAUCCCCUCCGUCUACGGAGCUUUUGAAGCCUUCAAGCAGCCAGAAUGCCAAAUUGGCGAUGAUAUACGGCGUCAGAUGAUGCUACAGGACAAUCGUAAGUGGCUGCCAUCAAAUUUCAAGCAAAAGAGGAAAUUGAUUGCCUGGGUAGUCUCCAAUAUGAAUGCGGAGAAUCGUCGAAAACUGAUUGCGGCUCGGCUACGGCGAUGGGUUCCCAUGAAAGAAUUCGAGUUGCCGGCUUAUGCAAUUGAUAUCACAUAG